AUGACAGAUAUUGAAUUCGGCCAAGCUCUUCCUCGUGAUCUGGACUAUGCUGUUUCGUUUGGUAUUCCUACUUGGGAUUCAGCAAUAGGCUAUGCAGAAAAGAUACCAGAGGUAAUAAGCAGAAUGGCUACAGGAUAUCCGCGGUACUUCCCUCAACCGGCUGUUCAAAGUCUUUGUGCUUACUUUAUCAAGACAUAUGGACGACAUGCAGAGAACUGUCGCCCUUUUCCCUCUGUUAAAUUGGGUCUUAAGUGUUUGGAGUUCGUGAAGUCUGUGGCGGGAUCCGAAAGUAAAGCUCACCUUGAAGUGAAAACAGUUAUAAUCAAAAACCAUGCGGCAGAAGAGCCCGAAAGGCAGGCUGAUUUGGUUAUAACAAUUGCUGCUGUCCUUGCCCCCGAGGACGAAUUUGAGAUUGUUAAAGAAUAUUGGAAAUUAAGAGGUGAAUGUGUAUCUAGUCGGUUAGCGCAGUCCUUCAAUCAACUGCUUGAUGCCGCUCAUCGUGGUUCUUCUCUGGCACGGCAUGAAGUAGAGGCUAAGCUUGUUGCAGCAAUGAAGGAAGGAGAGGGGGCAAAGAACGUAAUAAAGAGAAGGAUAGUUGAAAAUCGUUCUUCCCCCUUUGAUUCAGAAAAGAAAAAUGCUAAUUGGAAGGGACUUGACCUCAUCCCAGAGGAAGAUGUCCAUCUUGUAUCAAGUGGAAUGUCUGCAAUAUCAACCGCUCGUGAUUUGCUCACAUUCUGGGAAGAGAAGAAAAACUCUAAUGAGGGGAAAGGAUCAUUAUUAUGUGAUACUGUUGGUAUCUUUGGGUUUCCUUUCAAAGAUACACAAGUCAUUAUGACGAAAUUUGGAAAGUGUAAAUUCUUUGGAUUUGGAGAUUCUAGAGAUAUUACUGAGUUACAAAAGUUUCUAGGUACAAGUAAACAACGUAUUCUUGCUGUUUUCGUUGAGACUCCUUCAAACCCUCUACUGAAUAUGCCGAAUUUAAAGGAUUUGAGAAGGUUAGCGGACCAGUAUGGAUUUUUUAUUAUUAUUGAUGACACUAUUGGGGGCAUUAACGUUGACAUUUUGCCCUACGCGGAUAUAGUCUGUACUUCUUUGACCAAACUUUUCAAUGGUGCUAGUAAUGUUAUGGGUGGCUCGAUUGUUUUGAACCCAAAAUCAUCUAUAUACCCAUAUGCCCGUGAGUACUUCAAAAGUGCUGACUUCGAGGACUUGCUAUGGUGUGAAGAUGCAGUAGUUCUUGAACGCAAUUCUAGGGACUUUGAAAACAGGACGUUGCACGCUAAUGCAAACACAGAAAAAUUGUUAAACGAAGUACUCAUACCUGAGCAGGGGAAAUUAUGCAAGAAGGUUUACUAUCCCACUGUUACUUCUGAGGAGACCUUCAGGAACUACGAAUCCGUCCGGAAUGAACGCGGUGGUUAUGGAUGCUUGUUUUCUGUGGCCUUCUAUAAUGAAGGCGACGCAAAAGCUUUUUAUGAUUCUUUGAAAGUGUUUAAGGGACCUUCCAAUGGAACCAAUUUUACUUUGGCAUGUCCAUAUGUACAUUUGGCGCACCACUCAGAAUUAGAAGCAGUCUCUAAGUUUGGAGCAGACCCUAACAUUAUUAGGGUAAGUGUGGGUCUAGAAGAUACCCAGUGGUUACUGGAAGUGUUUUCAAAUGCUUUAGAUGUUGUGAGAGGCAGAAAUUUCCAACAUUCCUGA